AUGGCGCCGAGGGACUUCCCAUCAUGGACUCGGCCACUUCGUCAACAGACGCCUACAUCGAGGCAAGACGAGCGCGGAACUUGGGCUUGGCUUUCGCCGGCGGCUAGACGCAUUGCACCGACUCAUAAUACGCACGCUGGCGCGCAGGUGAAGUUGGGCAAAGACAAAGAAGCCAAGACACCGGUCGUGAAAAAGUCACUCAACCCACAAUUUGACCACGACUUUCGCUUUGAAGUCAACGAUGAGCAGCUGCAGGACGAGGUCCUGCUGAUCAACGUCUGGGACCACGAUUACAUGAGCCAGGAUGACGCCAUUGGGCAAGUCUUGCUCGACCUCAAGCCUCUGCUCAAACAGGACGUAUCUCAGCUAUCGGGAGCCUACCCCAUUUACGACACCCUCCACGGCAUACGGGGCUCUCUCUCGCUGACCGUUAAGAGAGAACUUUUCAGGGACCACCACAAGUUUCGCGACACCUCUGUUGGUGUGCAGUUCUUCACGACCAUGGAUGUCCCCUCCUGCUAUCGUUUAUUGGCCGUCCAUGGCUUUGUCGAAGAACUCAUGGUGAACGACGAUCCCGAGUUUCACUGGAUUGAUCGCUUUCGGGCGACGCGUACAUCCAAUCAAGCACGCCAAGACGUCUUUGCGCGACUCUCUGGUGAACUACAGCGUCGAAUCGGCGUGAAGGUGCAGGAGCGAGGAGCCAAUGCUGUUGUGGGCUACCGCCAGGCCUUUGAUCUCGAGGGCGAGACCGGCUUGGUGGCGCGUGGAAUCGGCACCGUGGUUCUCGUCACCUUGCAAGACAUCCCGCGCCUUGGCUCACCCCACUUACACGUUCGCGGUACCUCUCCAACGCUUGAUGUACCGAAGAGCCUGUCAAUGGACACUGGCAAGGGGCCUGCGAACUUUGAACCCACACAAAUUGUGACGGCUACCAAUGCAACGGGCCCGCCUGCAUUGCUCAGUGGUGUUGUAACGGCUCGUGCUAUCAAGCUGCUUAACCGACUCGACAACCCCGACGAUACGGAUGCGCGUGACGCGUGGUGGGACGAACUGCGAAAGGAAGUGCGCUCUCACGUGCGCGAGUUGGGCUAUACAGCUGCCAUUGGCUACUCUGAAGUCACCACCAUUUGCAACAGUCUCUGCAUGCUGACGGCCUCGGGCACGGCUGCCGUCGUCAAUCUGGACAUGAGCGCAGGACCAGCCAUGCUGGACCUUGAUGCGACGGCCGAUGCCUCCUUGCUUUCAACUCGGCGCCCUCGCGCUUUGAGCCAGAGUGAUGGUGCCGUCCCCAGCAGCGCGCCGCCCGAGCUCUCCCGCCGCUUUGUCGUCCCGCCACCGGACUUGCCACCGUGUGUGCUCUACCACAUUCCUCGUGAGUGCGCAAACAAACCCUUUGUGGGUCAGCAAGCUGGCUGCAGUAUCUGCAAGCAUCCCGAGUCUUCCGUGCCGGAAUUGCUCUUUUGCACUGUCGAUCCUCCUGGGGAUGUGCCCGUGCUUGGCCUGGCCACAAUGGUGCAAGCACGUGUUUGUCGCGCACGAAAGCGUACCUCGAGUAGCGCCGAGAGUGCCGCCGAACUUGGCGAGGCCGUACCGUUCUUGGAAUAUGCACUUCACCAACAGUUGUACAACAAGCUCAAGUUGCGCGCCCUCAACGCCGUGUUCAAUUUGCGUGUACAAGUAACGAUUGGCGAGACGCAGUUGGUGGCUGUUGCCACCGGUACUGCCAUGCACCUGGCUUGCUUGCCCUCGCCUCCCGAUCUCAAGUUUGAGCGUAACGCACAGCGCCAAGCCAACUCGACGCUGGAGCAGCGGUUGACGGCCAAGGCACAGGAGCAUCGUGCGCGGAUCGAGGCCUUGAAGAACCAAGAUCUUUUUGCUGAGUUUGCCACCACUGAGCUCGAUGAGGAGGACAGUGCAUUGAUGGGCGCUUUGCAGGAGGACAGCAAGCGCAAUGUUUUAGUUGAGAUUGACGAUGAUAUUGACGCUGACAAAAUUGCCGCGCUGGCCGAAACGGAGCUCCCUGAGGGGGUUUUUUUGGGCAGCACGGAAUCCUUACCGGGACUGCGUGAGCACGCCAACUUGAAGCCAGACCGCUUGAUUGACACAUUCACCAUGAUCAACCGUGCCAAACUCAGCUCCUCGCAACAUUCGAUGACCUCGGAGUUUUCCACCCUGUUUCGCAAAGCUCUUCAGAUCAUCAGCUUUAAGUAUCGAUCUCAUCGCCCGCUGCUUGUGAGCAAUUUGCGUUGGGACGUGGCCAUGCCUGAAACAUCAGAUGUACAGGUGGUGGUCACAGCCUCAAUUUUUACCCUUCGCCCCCUUCGCGAGUCCCGCACCCAGACCCAAUCGCUCUCCGACGACGAGCUCGAGUUGACGCUCAACUCACAUGGUAACCAGCUGGGUUCGGCCCGCUCGGUCUGGGUAACGCAGCUCAAUGAGAUUCCAGACUGUCAAACCUUGCAGCACUUGGGGCCCGUCAUUAUCUACCUGAUCAAGGAAACAACAAAUCUCAAGGCCGACGGCGGCAUCGGGCAGUUUGUGCAGCACUUUAUUCGUGAAGUACUGGCGGUUGCGCGUGCCGAGGUUGCAGGCCGUGGCGGUAACGCUUUCGUGGGAUAUCGCAUCAAGGACUUGGAUAUUCUGGACAACCAGUCCAAAAACCAAGGUCAAUGCCUCAUUGCAUUACAGGGUGAUGCGCUUUUAGUGGAUGAGGAAGGCGGUACUGAGCUCAUGCGAGCCGUAGAGAUUGCUGAAGAGGAGGAAUUGUUGUCACCUCAGCAAGAUCCGCCUCUCUCUGGGUCUCGAGGCGGUGCGGAGGCUGUUGAUUCCGAGUUCAGUAUCUCAGAUCUCGCAUCGCCACCUCGACGUGAGGAGAGCAUUGUGUGA